AUGUUUGCUUCAUUAGUAAGGUGCGGAGGUUAUGUCUGGAAAUUCCCACCACACAUUACUACAGCCCAGCGGGUCAAUUUGAAAAAAAGAUCACUUCAAGUUGACUCCAACAUCGAGGCCAUUUACCAAGGAUUAUUUCAAGUAUUACCCGAGAAGGCCAAAUCUGGCCAAUUAACUAACUGCAAAAGAGUGGACUAUAUGAAAUUUGAGUUUCCCAAAUACGAUGAAAUGAGUCAACGUGAUAAGUAUUUCACUUUCAACAGACACGCAAAGAACUAUAGAAAAGCCAUCCACAGAGAACGUCAUUGGUGUAAGCGUUCUUUUAGAGAGAAUCCAAAAUACUUUUAA